ACACGCACCCAGACUCACCGCCCGCCGCCCACACAUCCUCUCCCAGCUCGCCACGCGCGCCUCGCCUCAAAUGCAGAUCCUCCGGCUGCUCGCGGCCCGGCGCGCCGCCUCCAUCGCCACCGCGUCGCCGGCCUCCGAGAGCCGGGGCGACGACGACGAGGGCCCCUUCUUCGACCUCGACUUCUCCUCCUGCUCCGUCCGGGACUCCUCCUCCUCCAGCUCCGGCGGCAGCCUCUCCCUCUCCGACUCCGACGACGACGACGACCGCACGGACCUCGACUUCAUCAUCUCCCUCCAGCGGAGCCGCUCCGACUCGCCGCUCAAGUUCUGCGCCUCGGAGCCGCCCGCCAGAGCCAACAGCUUCCAGCACUCGCACCAGCAGCACUGCUCACGAAAGCGCGGCAUCAGCACCCUGCGCUCGCUCAGCUUCGGCCCGAGGAAAUCCGCGCCGCUCUACGGUGGGCGCCACAGCUUCGCCCGCAGCUCCAGCGGCCGCCACAGCUUCGCCCGGAGCUCUACCAGCAGCGCGCGGUCGCUACGGCUGUUCUUGGACACGCCGGUCCACGCGACGGACGAAGACGAGACAGCCGCGCAACCAACCGUCAGGCGCGCGCCGUCCCGGGACGUCAUCCGGAGGUACCUCUCCAGCAUCUCGCGCCGGCUCCGCCCGGCCGCGAGUCCGCGCGCCGAGUCGAGAGAGCUCCGUCGCCUUCGCAAGUGCCGUUCGGCGUCGUCUGUGCCACCCAGCACGGCUGCGUCGCGCUGGGACGACUCGGCUGCCGAGAAGCAGGACGGCAUCGCCGGCGCCAUAGCGCACUGCAAGGACUCGCUCCACCGAGCUUCCACGGGGGAAAUGUGAAGCUGCCUCGAUCGGCUCGCCGAAGCUGAUGGCUACCAUCACCUUGCCCAGCAUGGAAGCUUCCCGCUGAACUUCAGUAAAGGAGUAAGCAGAGGAAGAAGUCUAAACAAGUGCAACCAAAUCACCAAGGUGCCAAGAACACGCGGCGGUUAGGCUACGGAGAUUUUCCAAGUUUCUUUGUUAAUGUGUGUCGUGUGUGUUCCACAUCCUUUAGUUUAAGGAUUUUUGGUUAGUUAGAACUGGCGUGGGAAAGAAAAGAGCUCUUUUUAGGCUUUCUUUUCCCCCGAUCACAAUCCCUCAUGUACAAGAGCGUGGAUUGUAGCUGCUUCUUUUGGUGUCUUUUGCUCCUUAUUUCUCACUCUCA